UUGGAGGAGGGCCCUGGCAGAUUCACAUGGGCGAAUGCGGGGCGUUGCAUGCACUAUGCACAUACAACGGAAUGACUGAAUGAUAAUAUAACGAGUCCUCCUGCUGGCUCAGUUCAAGCCCUGCUGGUGCUGAGGGCUGUUCAGAGCCAACAGCUGCAGAGACCAAAUUUCCUCAAAGUCUCACGCCUCCAUCGACCCCACUGGCGGAGGCAGCGACGGUUAUUGCUGCUGCUGGGUACGUAGCGCCUACGACAGGAGCAAAGGCGGGCCCAGAGUCUUAACCGAGCCUCGCGUCGCCCGCCGUGGCUUGGGCAGAAAGAUCGGCUGGGUCUAGUGGAAGGAUGUGCGCUGCGCGGAAACGGGGCGCGGGAAAUUCUCUCGCCGGCUUCAGACGGGAUGCCGGGGAUGCCGACGCAAAUGCGGCGAGAGUGCCUCAGGGCCUGAUCCGGACGGCUCGAAAGAGCGGCCAGCUAAACCUUUCUGGACGGGAGCUGACUGAAGUACCUCUUCAUGUAUGGCGUAUAAAUUUGGAUACCCCAGAAGAGGACCAGAAUCUCUCUUUUGGUGCUGCUGAUCGAUGGUGGGAGCAAACAGAUCUCACCAAACUAAAUUUAUCUUCAAACAAACUGCUGUGUAUUUCUGAUGAUGUGAAACUCUUGCCUGCUCUCACAGUGCUGGAUGCACAUGAUAAUCAACUGACAUCUCUUCCACCUGCUUUAGGAUCACUGGAAAACCUUCAGAAACUUAAUAUGAGUCAUAAUAAACUGAAAGACAUACCAGUGGAACUGAUGCAGCUAAAGCACUUAAGAAGUCUGCUUCUACAGCAUAAUGAACUGAGUCACUUGCCAGAUGAAUUUGGACAACUUGUCAGUUUGGAAGAAUUAAAUAUUUCCAACAACAACAUUGCUAAUAUCCCUACAAGUUUUGCUUUUCUUACAAGUUUGGUUCAUCUCAAUUUGGCUUGCAAUCAGCUGAAAAGUCUACCUGCAGAAAUCAGUUCAAUGAAAAGUUUAAGACAGCUUGAUUGCACUAAAAACAACUUAGAAGCUAUUCCUCCUGAACUGGCCAAUAUGAAGUCGUUGGAACAACUUUAUCUAAGGAGAAAUAAAUUGUGUCACCUGCCAGUCCUCCCUUCAUGUACAUUUUUAAAGGAGUUGCAUGUUGGUGAAAAUCAGAUUGAAGCUUUAAGUGCUGAACACCUCAAGCAUCUGAAUUCUUUGUGUGUGUUGGAACUUAGAGACAAUAAGUUAAAAUCAUUGCCUGAUGAAAUUACUCUGCUACAAGGGCUAGAGCGACUAGACCUGUCUAACAAUGAUAUCAGUAGUCUUCCAUAUAAGCUAGGAAACUUGUCUCACUUGAAUUUCCUGGCACUGGAAGGAAACCCUUUAAGAACAAUCCGAAGAGAUGUUCUACAGAAAGGAACACAAGAAAUCAUGAAGUACCUUAGAAGUAAAAUACAAGAUGAUGUAACUAGUUCAAAUGGAGAAUUGUCUGUGACAGCAAUGACUCUGCCAAGUCAAUCAAAGAUUAAUAUGCAUGCUAUAACUGCUUUAAAAACAUUAGACUAUAGUGAGAAACAGGUAGCUGUAAUUCCAGAUGAAGUAUUUAAUGCCAUUGGAAACAAUCCAGUCACCACCGUAAACUUCAGCAAGAAUCAUCUGUCUGAAAUUCCAGUAAGAAUUGUGGAGCUAAAAGAAUCUGCCUGCGAUAUCAAUUUUGGUUUCAAUAAGCUCUCUUCUAUUUCCCUGGAGCUCUGUAUGCUUCACAAGCUAGCACAUUUGGAUGUCAGAAAUAACAGUCUGACAUCAUUGCCUGAUGAAAUGGAAGCACUGACAAGAUUGCAAAUAAUUAAUCUUGCUUUUAACAGAUUUAAAAUAUUUCCAAGUGUCCUCUAUCGCAUUCCAACCCUUGAAGCAAUCCUUCUUGGUAAUAAUCAAGUUGGGUCCCUGGACCCUCUGCAGAUAAAGAAUAUGGACAAGCUUGGAACCCUAGAUCUUCAAAAUAAUGAUCUCUUGCAAGUACCGCCAGAGCUUGGGAAUUGUUUCAAUCUCAGGACACUUUUGCUGGAAGGCAAUCCUUUCCGGACUCCUCGAGCAGCUAUUCUUGCCAAGGGGACAGUUGCUGUGCUUGAAUAUCUGAGAAGCAGAAUUCCUACUUGAUUAAGUAUAUUUUGUUUGCACUGAAAUGUGUGCAGGAUCUUGCUCUCCAAAGCAUGGAGAUUGUGGUCCUUAUGAAUAGAAACUUGUUGUUUGGAUUAUCAUGAGCCCAAAGUGCACAUGAUGAAGUUACUUUAAGGAUUGAUUAAUAAUGGACUUUUUAAAGACUAUCCUCAAGUACAUGUGUGUAUGAAGAAAUGUAAGUUGUUUUUUAAGUUGGCUUUUCAGGGGGUUUUCCUGGCAUUUUGUUUCUCUUUUUAUGUACGCUUUUCAUUUUAAAUGGUUCUGAGUGAUUUAUUCUUUUCAUGGUGUUUUAAAUUGUGAUUGUAAGCUGCCUUGAGUUGUGUGAGAAAGGUCGGAGGAGCAUUAAAAAAACCACAAAUUUA